AUGGAAUACCUCAACCCAGCUGAGAAGAAGGAAUUUUUGGAGCUCUGGAAGAUUCCAAAGAAUCGUUCAGAUUCAGUCAUGUCAAGGAAGAUGAUUGAGCGUGCCGAAGCCGGCGAGGAUGGUAUUAAAAAAAAACAUGCUAGGUCACGGUUCGAUGUAGAUCAUAUGCAUGAUGUUAUUAAGGCUUAUAAGAAAACGCCUGAAGCAAAGGAAUUGCGUGAGAGGGAGAUGAAGGAGAGGAGACAAAACAGAGAUGAUAGGAGGACGGCGAAGAAGGCAAAGAAAAAGGCGGAGAGGGACAGAAAGAAGGCGGAAAAACCGAAAGGCUUGGAAGAGGGUGAUAAGAAGCCAGAGAAGGACGAUAAGAAAGUGGAAGACGAUAAGAAAGCGGAUGGGAAUGACAAGAAGGCGGAGGACGAGAAGUAA